UAUACCACACUUUGUUUAUUCAUUCCAGAAAUACUUCUUUGAAUGCAUUUAUUUUCUUCAUAUAUAUUUGUAUAGGCUUCAUGUAUGGGGAAAAUGUCUGAAGUUAUUCAUUUCCCUCUUGAAUUGAUACCUGCUUAUUGGCUGAUUCAAAAUUUAUUUAUUUGAGGGGUAAACAAACCAAACUUUGACUUCUUGCUUAUGUACUUUUCUCUGUGCAUCAGUUUACUGCUGAGUAACUGUCCUUCAUGUCAGAAGAAGAAUGUGCUGUGGUCUUUCCUUUUCUCUCAUCUUAUCAAAACAGGAUUCCUCGGGGCCAGCCUAGCAGUAGAACAGACACUGGGGAGCCUGGGAUUGUCAUCUAAGUAGCCUGGCAGCUUUGUGCCCGUCAUCUGUCCUCACCUCCACUGACCAGUACUGGCCACUAGUUCAGGUUAUCUCGCGAUGGGGUGGGGUCUCUUCCAGAAAGGCCACCCAGGGUCCUGCUCCAUUCCAGUUGGAGACCUUCCCACAGCUCCCUUGUUUGGUCCUGAUAAGGGAGGGCAGCUUGCCCGGAGGGCAGGCUGCUAUCUCCUUCUGCCAGCUUUCUCCGGUCAUCACCACAGCUGAGGGGCGUUUCUGCUGCAGCCUGCCCCUCCCUCUCCAUCUUCUGGGUGGGGACACAAGCUCAGAGGGCGCCCUCUGGUAGACUUUGCAGCCCAGUGAGGGAAGGAGGGCGCAUGAGGUCCUGAGACCCGCGCCGUGCUGUUCCCCCACCGUCUCCAUCAGCGGCGCCUUCGGCCUUGCCUCUCAGCUGAGUGUGGCCCCCGGUUGCCCCCACCCCACGCCCCCGGCCUGCGCGGGUCCAGGCUGGCAAGAUGCGACCGGUGUCCCCGGAAGAGAAGCCCAACCCGUUGCAGGACGCGAACUUCUGCUCCCGGCUGUUCUCCUGGUGGCUAAACCCCUUGUUUAAAAUUGGUCACAAACGGAAGUUAAAACAAGAUGACAUGUACCCGGUGCUUCUGGAAGAUCGCUCCCAGCACCUUGGAGAAGAGCUGCAAGGAUACUGGGAUCGAGAAAUUUUGAGAGCCCAGAAAGAUGCACGGGAGCCUUCCUUAAUGAAAACAAUUGUCAAGUGUUACUGGAAAUUCUAUUUUGCUUUGGGACUACUUAUAUUUCUUGAGGAAGGCACCAAAGUAGUUCUGCCCAUAUUUUUGGGGAAAAUGAUUAGUUAUAUUGAAAACUACGAUCCCACCGAUUCUGCCGCUUUGCACGAAGCCUAUGGCUACGCGGCGGGGCUGAGCGCCUGCGUGCUCCUGUGGGCCGUUCUGCACCCCUUGUGCUUCUACCACAUGCAGCGUGUGGGGAUGAGGCUGAGAGUAGCCGUGUGCCAUAUGAUCUACCGCAAGUCACUUCGCCUGAGUAGCUCAGCCAUGGGAAAGACCACCACAGGCCAGAUAGUCAACCUCCUGUCCAACGAUAUGAACAGAUUUGAUCAGGUAACGAUGUUCUUGCACUAUCUGUGGGUGGGGCCACUGCAGGCUAUUGCAGUGACUGCCCUGCUCUGGAUGGAAAUUGGAAUAUCAUGUCUUGCUGGGAUGGUGGUUCUCGUUAUUCUUCUGCUUCUACAAAGCUGCGUUGGAAAUUCAUUUUCAUCACUCAGGAGUAAGACUGCAGCUCUCACAGACAACAGGAUCAGGACCAUGAGUGAAGUCGUAACUGGCAUCAGAACAGUAAAAAUGAAUGCUUGGGAAAAGUCAUUUAUAGACCUUAUUACCAGACUGAGAAGGGAGGAAAUUUCCAAGAUUCUGAAAAGUUCCUACCUUAGGGGCAUGAAUUUGACAACAUUUUUCACUGUCAGCAAAAUUAUGAUUUUUGUCACCUUCAUCACCAAUGAAUUCCUUGACAACCUGAUCACAGCCAGCCAAGUGUUUGUGGUGGUGAUGCUGUUCGAGGCUCUGAGGUUCUCGAGCACCCUCUACUUCCCCAUGGCGAUCGAGAAGGUGUCAGAGGCUGUUGUCAGCAUCCGAAGAAUCAAGAAUUUUUUAUUGCUUGAUGAAAUAACACAGCUCAACCCUCAGCUGCCAUCAGAUGGUGAAAGGAUAGUGGACGUGAAAGAUUUCACUGCUUCUUGGGAUGAGGCAUCAGAGACUCCAACCCUACAAGGCCUUUCUUUUACUGUCAGAGCUGGUGAACUGUUAGCUGUGGUUGGACCUGUGGGAGCAGGAAAGUCGUCACUGUUAAGCGCUUUGCUGGGGGAGCUGCCCCCGAGCCAGGGGAAGGUCAGCGUGCACGGGACGAUCGCGUAUGUUUCUCAGCAGCCCUGGGUGUUUUCAGGAACUGUGAGGAGUAACAUUUUAUUUGGGAAGAAAUAUGAAAAGGAGCGAUAUGAAAAAGUAAUAAAGGCUUGUGCUUUGGAAAAGGAUUUGCAAAAUUUGAAGGAAGAUCUAACUGUGAUAGGAGAUGGAGGAACCCCACUGAGUUCAGGACAGAAAGCCCUGGUCAGCCUCGGCAGAGCCAUGUAUCAGGACGCAGACAUUUACCUCCUGGACGAUCCGCUCAGUGCAGUGGAUGCAGGAGUCAGCAGACACUUGUUUGAACAGUGUAUUCGUCAGGCCUUGAAGGAGAAGAUCACAAUCUUAGUGACUCAUCAGCUGCAGUACCUAAAAGAUGCAAGUCAGAUUCUGAUACUGGAAGAUGGCAAAAUGGUGAAAAGAGGGACUUACACUGAGUUCCUGAAAUCCAAGGUAGAUAUUUUUUCCCUUUUUGAGAAGGGGAAUGAGCAGUCGGAACCAUCUCCGGUUCUAAAAACUCCCACUCUGAUCUCCGAGUCUUCAGUUCCGUCUCAACCAUCUCCCAGACCUUUGUUGAAAGAUACGGCUCUAGGGGACCAAGAUACUGAGAAUAUACAGGUUACACUACCUCUAGAGGACCAUUUGGAAGGAAAAGUUGGUUUUAAGACCUAUGAGAAUUACUUCACAGCCGGUGCUGGCUGGCCUGUCAUCAUCUUCCUUAUUCUAGUAAGCAUCACAGCUCAGGUUGUCUACGUCCUGCAGGAUUGGUGGCUUGCAUACUGGGGGAAUAUACAAAGAGACCUGUAUUUUAAGGUAUAUGGAAAAGAAGAUCUAAUUUUUAUCCUUGAUCUGAACUGGUACUUUACAGUUUAUUCAGGGUUAACUGUGUCUACCAUCCUUUUUGGCAUCACAAGAUCUCUGUUGAUAUUCUAUGUCCUUGUUAAUUCUUCACAAACUUUGCAUGACAAAAUGUUGGAGUCCAUUUUGAGAGCUCCGAUAUUGUUCUUCAAUAGAAAUCCGAUAGGGAAAAUUUUAAAUCGUUUUUCGAAAGACAUAGGUCAAAUGGAUGACUUACUGCCCUUGACAUUUCUUGAUUUCAUUCAGACAUUGCUACUUGUGGUUGGUAUGGUGGGUGUGAUGGUGGCUGCGAUUCCUUGGACGGCUAUACCUGUGAUUCCCCUUGGCAUCAUUUUCUUUAUCCUCCAUUGGUAUUUCUUAAGGACGUCAUGAGAGGUGAAACGCCUGGAAUGUACAACUCAGAGCCCGGUGUUUUCCCACUUAGCAUCUUCUCUCCGAGGACUCUGGACCAUCCGGGCAUGCAAAACCGAACAGGGUUUUCAGAAGCUGUUUGAUACAUACCAGGAUUUCCACUCAGAGGCUUGGUUCCUGCUUUUGACGACGUCCCGAUGGCUCGCUGUGUAUCUGGAUGUCAUCUGUGCCAUCUUUGUCACUGUUGUUGCCUUUGGGGCCCUGAUUCUGGUAGAAACUUUGACUCCCGGGCAGGUUGGCCUGGUCCUGUCUCUCACUCUCACACUAACGGGGAUGUUCCAGUGGUGCGUCAGGCAAAGUGCUGAAGUUGAGAACAUGAUGAUUUCAGUAGAAAGAGGGAUCGAAUAUAUAGACCUUGAGAAAGAAGCACCCUGGGAACUUGAGUAUCACCCACCACCAUCCUGGCCCCAUGAAGGAGAGAUUAACUUUCAAAAUAUGAACUUCAGGUACAGUUUGGAUGGGCCUCUGGUAUUGAAGAACCUGGGAAUGUCCAUUGACCCAAGACAAAAGCGUGGCAUUGUGGGAAGAACAGGAGCUGGAAAAAGUUCCUUCAUCGCUGCUCUUUUUAGAUUGUCAGAACCCGAAGGUGGCUUUCGGAUUGAUGGGAUCUGGACAACCAACAUUGGACUUCAUGAUUUAAGGAAGAAAAUGUCAGUUGCACCUCAGGAACCUGUUUUAUUCACUGGAACAAUGAGGAACAAUCUGGAUCCUUUUAAUGAACAUACAGAUGAGGAACUGUGGAAUGCCUUAGAAGAGGUGCAACUUAAAGACACGUUUGAACAUCUUCCUGGUAAAAUGAACACUGAAUUAGCAGAAUCUGGAUUGAACUUGAGUGUUGGACAGAGACAACUGGUGUGUCUUGCCAGGGCUAUUCUAAAGAAACGUCAGAUAUUUAUUUUUGACAAAGCCACAUCAAACGUGGAUCCAAGAACUGAUGAGUUAAUUAAAAAAAAAAUUCAUGAGAUAUUUGCCCAGUGCACUGUGAUAACCAUCACACACAGGUUGAACAACAUCAUUGACUGUCAAUGGCUAUUGGUUUUGGAUUCAGGAAUAUAUAGAGAAGGUGGAGAGCCACAUAAUUUGCUGCAGAAUGAAAGCAGCCUAUUUUACAAGAUGGUGCAACAACUGGGUGAAGCUGAGGUCACUGCCCUCACUGAAAGGGCGAAAUAGGUGAACUUCAAAAAGAGAUAGCAAAAUAUUACUCACAGUGACCAUGUGGUUAUGAAUGUUUCCAGUGGACAGCCCUCAGCCUUCACAAUUUUUGAGUCAACACUGUGAUUCUACCAUGAGUUCAUGUCUAUUCCAAAGGCUUUUUUCCAAUAGGUUUUGCACUGCAUAAACUAUAUUCUACUUGU